AUUUUCUAGCAGUAUAUUUCAAACAAUCGCGUCUUAAACGUGUUUAGUUGAAAUUUCAUUCAAAAUUUACUAAAUAUGGCUGCUGUAAGUUCUAUAUCAAAUGUCGAAAACUUAUCACCGCAAAUUAUUAGACGUGUAGCUAAAGAAAUGACUGAAUUAGCUUCACAACCACCCGAAGGUAUUCGUGUUGUUUUAAACGAAGAAGAUGUUACAGACAUUCAAGCAAUCAUAGAAGGACCCUCGGGAACACCAUAUGCUGGUGGUUUCUUUAGAGUAAAAUUAGCUCUUGGCAAAGAUUUUCCUCAAGGACCACCAAAGGCAUUUUUCCUCACAAAAAUAUUUCAUCCAAAUGUUGCGAAAAAUGGUGAAAUAUGUGUCAAUACUUUAAAAAAGGAUUGGAAAUCAGAUCUCGGAAUUAAACACAUAUUACUAACUGUAAAAUGCCUCUUAAUAGUGCCAAAUGCAGAAUCUGCUUUAAAUGAAGAGGCUGGUAAAUUACUUUUAGAAAGGUACGAUGAUUAUUCAGAAAGAGCAAAAAUGAUGACAGAAAUACAUGCGCAGGGGGGUGGAAAAGGCAAUAAAGCAACUUUAGAAAGUUGUACUUCCUCUGAAGUUGGGGGACCUCUCCCAAAAAAGCAUGCAGGAGAUAAAAAACUAACAGCAGAAAAGAAAAAAAUGUUAAAAGACAAGAAGAGAACACUCAAAAGAUUAUAAAAAAAAUUCAUAUAAUUUAUCUAUCUUUUAUAAUUUAAAAUACUGGUGUGGUAAUGUUGCCUCAUAUUGUACACAAUUAUUGCAUAGUAAAAAUUUAUUAUCUAAA